CCUUAUACAUUCAGUUCUGUUUUCUUUGUGCUUAUUAUUCAUUCAAUAUUUUACGAUUGAGUUAUAUACUUAAUUAAACUUAUUAUUUUCUGAUAGGGACAUGAUUCGGUCUAUACGUGCCUGCAAGACUGCUGCGGAGGAGCGUGGUGUUAUAAGAAAAGAAUGCGCUUCCAUUCGAGAUGCAAUUAGUGAAAAUGGCCAAGAUUAUAUGCAUCGCAAUUUGGCGAAGCUCAUGUUCAUUCACAUGCUUGGUUACCCAACACAUUUUGGUCAAAUGGAAUGCCUGAAGUCAAUUGCAUCUUCAGGAUUUCCAGAGAAGAGGAUAGGAUAUCUUGGCCUUAUGUUGCUUCUUGAUGAAAGACAGGAAGUUUUGAUGCUCGUUACCAACUCAAUAAAACAAGACUUAAAUCAUACCAACCAAUAUAUCGUUGGACUUGCUCUUUGUGCCUUGGGUAAUAUAUGUUCUGCAGAAAUGGCUCGUGAUCUUGCUCCAGAAGUUGAAAGACUACUUCAAUUUAGGGACCCUAACAUUAGGAAGAAAGCAGCGUUAUGCACAAUAAGGAUAAUAAAGAAAGUUCCCGACCUGGCAGAGAACUUCAUAAAUCCCGCUGCUUCCUUACUGAAAGAAAAACACCAUGGAGUUUUAUUAACUGGAGUCCAGCUUUGUACAGAUAUGUGUAAAGUCAGUACAGAGGCUCUUGAAUAUUUUAGAAAGAAAUGCAUAGAUGGCUUGGUCAAAGUUCUAAAGGAUCUCACAAACAGUCCAUAUGCACCUGAAUAUGAUGUUUCCGGGAUCGCGGAUCCUUUUCUUCAUAUUAGAUUGAUCAAGCUUUUGCAUGUGUUGGGCCAAGGAGAUGCCGAUGCUAGUGAUACCAUGAAUGAUAUUCUUGCCCAGGUGGCAACUAAAACUGAGUCAAACAAAAACGCAGGCAAUGCCAUCCUCUAUGAAUGUGUUGCUACGAUCAUGAGCAUUGAAUAUAAUGGUGGAUUACGGGUACUUGCUGUCAACAUUUUGGGAAGGUUUUUGUCCAGCCGUGACAACAAUAGUAGAUAUGUAGCAUUGAAUAUGCUCAUGAGAGCUAUUACAUUAGAUAGUCAAGCGGUGCAGAGGCAUCGUGCUACGAUUGUGGAAUGUGUAAAGGAUUCAGAUGCUUCAAUCCGUAAAAGGGCUCUGGAGCUUGUUUAUCUUCUUGUAAAUGACAGCAAUGUGAAGGCUUUGACAAAGGAGCUUAUUGACUAUCUAGAAGUAAGUGACCCAGAAUUUAAGGAGGACCUCACGGCCAAAAUUUGCUCAAUUUUGGAGAAGUUUUCCCCUGAAAAAAAGUGGUAUAUUGAUCAGAUGGUGAAAGUUCUGUCCGAGGCUGGAAAUUAUGUGAAGGAUGAUGUGUGGCAUGGCCUUAUUGUUGUUGUUACUAAUACUUCUAACCUCCAUGGUUAUACUGUUAGAGCGCUAUACAAGGCUGUACAAGCAUCAAGUGAACAGGAAUCUCUCGUCCGAGUUGCUGUUUGGUGCAUUGGAGAAUAUGGGGAAAUGUUGGUUGGUAAUGCUGGUAUGCUUGACAUGGAGGCCCCAAUAACUGUAACUGAGGCCGAUGCUGUGGGUGUUGUUGAAACUGCGAUUAAACGUCAUUCUUGGGAUCUCACUACUCGAGCUAUGUGUUUGGUUUCCUUAUUAAAGCUAUCAAGUCGUUAUCCUUCAUGUGCAAAGAGAAUAAAUGAAAUCAUCCUUCAUCAAAAGGGAAGUCUUGUGCUUGAGCUGCAACAAAGAGCCAUCGAAUUUAAUUCUAUUAUUGAGAAGCAUGAGAAAAUCAGAUCUGCAUUGGUUGAAAGGAUUCCAGUGCUCGAUGAGGCAACUUAUAAUGGUAGGAGGGCUGGUUCCAUUCCAGAUGUUGUUUCAACUUCACAAGGAGGUCUGCCAAAAAUGCCAAAUGGUCUUGCAAAACCCACAUCAGCUCCUCUUGUUGAUUUACUUGAUCUCAGUUCAGAUGACAUGCCAGCCCCCAGCCCUUCCGGUGGAGAUUUUCUUCAGGAUCUUCUCGGGGUUGACCUGUCCCCAACUUCAAAAGAGACUAAUCAGACCCAAAAGAACGGAACAGACGUCUUGCUGGACCUUUUGUCAAUUGGAACUCCUCCAGCUCAAAGUAACUCGACCAUGGCUGACAUGUUUUCACUUGGUCAAGAUAAUAAAAGUUCAGAGGGUAUUUUGGACAAAUUAACAUCCCCUUCUGCACCUUCAGUACAAGCAUCUUCCCCAAUUGCAAGUUCUUCAAUGAUGGAUUUGUUGGAUGGUUUUGGACCCACCUCAUCAACACCUGAAACCAAUGGCACAACCCAUCCGUCAAUUGUUGCAUUUGAGAGCAGCACCCUACAAUUAACUUUCAAGUUCUCAAAGGAACCUGGAAAUCCACAGAUUACUCUGAUCGAGGCUCAAUUUUCGAACAAGUCGCCUGAUAUCUACUCCAAUUUUGUAUUCCAGGCCGCUGUUCCGAAGUUUCUUCAACUGCACUUGGAUCCAGCUAGCAGUAAUACACUUCCAGCAAGCGGUAAUGGAUCAAUCUCGCAAAAGCUACGAGUUUCAAACAGCCAGCACGGCAAGAAAUCCCUGGUUAUGCGGAUGAGAAUAAGCUAUCAGGCGAACAACAAAGAUGUUUUGGAGGAAGGGCAAAUCAGUAACUUCCCUCGUGGUUUGUGAAGUUGAUCUAAUCUCGAUUGCGCAAGAGCUUUUGUUAUUCUGGUGACAGAGAAGCAUCUUCUUGUUUAUUGCAGUUUCAGGUGAACUUUUUUUUUUUUUAAUGAUAAUUGUUUUGGUGA